AUGCAACACAAUGAGACUGUAAGUUGUAAAAAACAUACUGCUUAUGAAGCUUUUCAUUAUCAUUUAUCAUAUGAUUAUGGUUCAAUAAUGCAUGCUGCUGUAAAUGCAUUUGCUAUAGGUAAUAGAAAAACAAUAGUACCAGCUGAUCCUUUAUAUGAAGAAACUAUGGGACAAACUAAAAGACUUUCUUUUAUUGAUAUUAAAGCUUUAAAUUUACACUAUUGUACUCAUCCGAAUUGUCCAUUUAAAAGACAUUGUUAUAAUUACGGAUACCAAGAUCCUCACAAUUGUCAUUUAUGUAAAUGUAUUGAUGGAUUUAUUGGUUCACAAUGUGAGCAGUUUAAUAUGAGACAAAUAAAUUGUUGGACAACUUUAAUACUUCCAGAUCGAAGGCCUAGAUUAUUUUAUUUAAAAGGAAAAAAAAACUGUGUUAUACAUUUUGUAGUAAACAAAACUAGUAGAAUUAGAUUUGAUAUUGUAAAAGUGAGUAUGUUUCCCAAUACUUAUCCAACUUGUCAACAUGCAAACACAAUAGAAGUUAAAUAUUGGAUGGAUAAAUCUGCAACUGGAGCAAGAUUUUGUCAUGAAAAAGAAAAUAAAACAAUUUUAUCGCAUAACAAUCAUAUAAUUUUUCAUUACAGAAGUACACAAAAAACUAAUUAUGCUCACAUAUAUUAUAAUAAAGUAUUAUAA